AGGCCGGGGGGCGCGAUGGCUGCGGCGGGGUCCGGCGGCGGGCUCCCCCGCUCCCCGCGGGCGCUGGCGCUGCUGCUGGCGCUGCUGGGGCUGCUGGGCGCCCCGCCGGGCGGCCGCGCUCUGCACACCAAGGGCGCGCUGCCCCUCGACACCAUCACCUUCUAUAAGGUCAUCCCCAAAAGCAAAUAUGUCCUGGUGAAGUUCGACACCCAGUAUCCUUAUGGGGAAAAGCAGGACGAGUUCAAGACCCUGGCGGAGAGCUCGGCCUCCAGCGAGGACCUCCUGAUCGCGGAGGUGGGGAUCUCAGAUUACGGCGACAAGCUGAACCUGGAACUGGGCGAGAAGUACAAGCUCAGCAAGGACAGUUACCCGGCGUUCUACCUCUUCCGGAACGGGGACUUUGAGCACCCCGUGCCCUACGCGGGGCCGGUGAAGGUGGGCGCCAUCCAGCGCUGGCUGAAGGGCCAGGGCGUCUACCUGGGCAUGCCCGGCUGCCUGCUCCCCUACGACACGCUGGCCGCCCGGUUCCUGGGCGCCGCAGGGGCCGAGCAGCGGAAGGCCCUGAUGGAGCAGGGCCAGGCCGGCCUGGCCGAGGUCAAGGAGGCCGAGAAGAAGUGGGCCGAGCAGUACCUGAAGAUCAUGGGCAAGAUCCUGGACCAGGGCGAGGGCUUCGUGGCCACGGAGACGGCCAGAAUCUCCAAGCUGAUUGAGAAGAACAAGAUGAGCGAAGGGAAGAAGGAGGAGCUUCAGAAGACCCUCAACAUCCUCACCGCCUUCCAGAAGAAGGGCGAGGGCAGAGAAGAACUCUGAGGAAGGGCCGGGGGGUGGGAGCAGGAAGGAUCGGGGAUCUCAGGGUGCGGGGACCCCUCCCCUGCCCCUGAUGGUGACCCGGGAGAGAGCUGUAAACCUGCCCCAGAGAAGGACCGGUGCUAAUCCCUAUAAUAAACAGUGCGCUGUCUGGG